CCAAUGGGAAGCCGAGUUGGACUGCUUUAGCCAAUCAGAAACAAGCCUGAGUGCGCACUCACGUUGGACGACGACGACCAUGGACUGGAGUAGUGUCCUCUUCGGUGAAACAAACUUUUAGCUUGUAGUUUCCAGACGGGCUAAAAACGGAGUGAGGUUGGGGGGAGCUGCUUGGAGCAGUAAUGGGGGACAUCGAGGGUUCAUACCGGGUCCUGCAGACCCCUGGCACAAGGCUGGGAGCCCAGUUCAAUGCUGGUAUCAGCACUUUGGAGCCGGGCCAGAGUCUCGGUGGCAACAUGAUCAGUGGGAGCAAAAGCCAUUGGCGAGCACUGCAGAUCCGUGUGCAGGGGCUGGACGACUCCCAGGAGUUCUUUGAUGUAGACCCAAAAGCUUUUGGACAAGCUCUCCUCUCUGAUGUUUUCCUGAGAGGCAACCUCAUAGAGAGUGAUUACUUUGGCCUCGAGUAUCAGAACAUGCAGAUGAACUGGGUUUGGCUGGAACCCACAAAACCCAUCGCCAAACAAGUCAGAAGACCAGCAAACACGCUAUUUAGGCUGUCAGUGAAAUUUUUUCCUCCAGACCCCGGUCAGCUGCAGGAGGAGUACACAAGGUACUUAUUCUCGCUGCAGAUGAAAAGAGAUUUAAUGGAGGGCAGGUUGUUCUGCACAGAAAAUACUGGAGCUCUGCUCGCCUCUCACCUUGUCCAGUCGGAGAUUGGCGACUACGAUGAUGUAGCAGACAGAGACUUCCUGAGGACAAACAAGCUGUUGCCUUAUCAAGAAAAGGUCCAAGAGAAAAUCAUGGAGCUCCAUCGCCGACACUUAGGCCACACUCCAGCUGAAUCAGAUUUCCAAAUCCUGGAGAUUGCCCGUAAACUGGAGAUGUAUGGUGUCCGUUUCCACCCAGCAGCUGACCGGGAAGGCACCAAAAUUAAUCUGGCUGUUUCUCAUAUGGGGCUUCAGGUUUUUCAGGGCAACACAAAAAUAAAUACUUUCAACUGGUCCAAGAUUCGCAAACUGAGUUUCAAGAGAAAACGGUUCUUGAUCAAGCUCCACCCAGAAGUUCAUGGCCCCCAUCAGGACACACUCGAGUUUAUGAUGGCUAGUCGAGACCAGUGUAAAAUCUUUUGGAAGAUCUGUGUGGAAUACCACUCAUUUUUCCGUUUGUUUGACCAACCCCAACCCAAAUCCAAAGCUAUUCUCUUCACGAGAGGGUCUUCCUUCAGAUACAGUGGAAGAACCCAGAAACAACUUGUGGAGUAUGUCAGGGAAAACGGAGCAAAGAGAACGCCAUACCAGAGGAGGAACAGUAAAAUCCGAAUGUCUGCUCGCUCCAUCGCCACAGAUGUGCCAAAACAGACCUUGUCAUUCAAUGACAGUCUCAGGGCCCCAGGCUCUCCUUCCUCCGCUACUGUGUCCUUCUACCCAGCACACAUCUCUAGCAUUCACCCGCGAACAGAACACCAACCUCAGCUCCAGCCUUUGUCCGCACUGAGCCAGUCUCCAGCGCCUCACCAGCAGCACCAACUCCAGCACCUUCAGUCCCCUCUGCAAGCCACCAGACCCCCCAGCCCUCCGAUGGAAGAACCUCUCAAGGCCGCUUCCCCAUCUCACUACGCUUUUCAAGAUUCAGUCGUGGACAGUCCUCAGCUCUCGCCCUUCAACUCCAAAGGUCCCCUCUGCUUGUCACCCUCCUUCCAGAUGUCGACCCUCAGCCUACCGGGCCAGGCCCCGUCACCCCUGCAAAGCCCCAUCCUGAGCGAGGUGGGCAGCACUGCCAGGCUAGAGGAGGAGGAAGAGGGCAGGAGGAAGCGAUAUCCCACCGACAAGGCCUACUUCAUUGCCAAAGAGAUUCUGACCACAGAGCGAACGUACCUGAAAGACCUCGAGGUCAUCACUGUGUGGUUUCGCAGCGCCGUGAUCAAAGAAAACGCCAUGCCUGAAGGCCUCAUGACUCUCCUCUUCUCUAACAUCGACCCCAUCUACGAGUUCCACCGAGGCUUCCUCAAGGAGUUAGACCAGAGGCUGGCUCUCUGGGAGGGACGCUCGAAUGCUCAUGUCAAAGGAGACUACCAGAGGAUCGGUGAUGUGAUGCUGAGGAACAUGUGUGCUCUUAAGGAAUUCACCAGCUACCUACAGAAGCACGACGAGGUGUUAACCGAGCUGGAGAAAGCCACCAAGAGGCUGAAGAAGCUGGAGACGGUCUACAAAGAGUUUGAGCUGCAGAAAGUCUGCUACCUGCCUCUCAACACAUUCCUGCUCAAGCCCAUCCAGCGCCUCAUGCACUACAAACUCAUCCUGGAGCGACUGUGCAAGCAUUACUCUCCCACACACCGCGAUCACGACGACUGCAAGGAGGCUCUGAAGGAAGUUGCCGACAUAGCCACUCAGCUCCAGAGUAGUUUGAUCCGACUGGAGAAUUUCCAGAAGCUGACAGAGCUGCAGAGAGACCUGAUCGGUAUAGAGAACUUAACAGCGCCAGGCAGGGAGUUCAUACGAGAAGGAUGUCUGUACAAGCUUACCAAGAAAGGACUGCAGCAGAGAAUGUUUUUCCUGUUCUCGGACAUGCUCCUCUACACAAGUAAAGGUGUGACAGCCACCAAUCAGUUCAAAGUGCACGGCCAGCUGCCCCUUCAUGGCAUGAUCGUCGAGGAAAGUGAGAAUGAGUGGUCUGUCCCCCACUGCUUCACCAUCUACUCUGCCCAGAGGACCAUUGUAGUGGCUGCCAGCUCUAAGGUGGAGAUGGGAAAGUGGAUUGAGGAUCUGAACCUUGCUAUCGACAUGGCCAAGAAGUCACAAGAGAAAUCGAGCAUCUUUCUCGACGCUGGACUCGGCGAUCACUCCAACCGAUCGUCAGACGAGGUUUCUCUGGAGCAGGAGUCGGAGGAUGACAUGAACUCCUCCCGUACAUCACUGGACAAGCAGACACACCACCGUGCCAACACCACCAUGCAUGUGUGCUGGCACCGCAACACCAGUGUGUCUAUGUCCGAUCACAGCCUGGCUGUGGAGAACCAGCUCUCCGGUUACCUCUUGAGGAAAUUCAAGAACAGUAACGGCUGGCAGAAACUCUGGGUUGUUUUCACCAACUUCUGCUUGUUCUUCUACAAGACUCACCAGGACGACUUCCCGCUGGCUAGCCUCCCCCUGCUCGGCUACACGGUCAGCACCCCCGAAGAGUCCGACAGCAUCCACAAGGAGUACGUCUUCAAACUGCAGUUCAAGUCCCAUGUUUACUUUUUCCGAGCAGAAAGCGAGUACACCUUCGAAAGAUGGAUGGAGGUAAUUAAGAGUGCUGCCAGCACCACGGGCCGGAUGAGCCUGCUCAUAUCCAAAGGAGGUCCCAUGGAGAUAAACGGAAACUGAAUUGAAGAUCGUGUAUCUGGAGGCUGGGCCUCCGGGACAUCAGAAAGACUGUCCAGUCUGGUUCUUACUGUAACGUUGAAGUGAAGUGAACUUUUUUGGACAAUAACAACUGGAGACUGAAAGAUGCUGCCAGUUUAAGUGUUAACAUUUCUCAGCUUAAGGAUUUAAUUCUAAUGGUCUGUGCUUUUUUUUUCUUGAUUUAAUGAUGUAAAUGAUAACAUUUGUUCCUGUAUACAGGAUAUGAUGAAAGGGAGACGUGUAUAUUUUGAUCUUUUUUUUUGCAUGUGUAGCGCUCUUUAUUUAGACUGAUGGGAAAAUAAUGUUUUAUGGGACCAACUCCAACACAAAAGGGCUUAAAUUCAGGCUUUUUUUGGAGAAAUCUUUUCUCUUCAGCGCAUGAUCACUGAAGCUUUGUUGGGUACAGCACUGUGCUAUGAGGAGGGACAAAGAUGAUUUACAGUACGUGGAAAAAUGAAGUUACAGGAUAACAUGUAUGUUGAAAGAGGCGGCGGUGCAUGCGAGGCGAGCAGAAAGUUCAUGGUAUGUUGAAAGUCGAUUCUGCAGAUGCAUGGGAAGUUUUGAGAAAUUCAUGCUGCUGUCGGGAGUGACACACAAGUGAUUUUUAAUUUCAAACAUUUCUAUGAAGGUUUUGAAAUAUUACCGUAGGCAGUAUUUGUUUCUAAAACUUUAUUUGCCUGUUUAAUUGAAGGUUGUUUCAAGUGUUCAAAAGGGAGCUGCUUCUGCUUAAAUCCUUUGAUUAGUUAGAUGACGUUAUGGCCAGUUUGGUGCUACGUUUCUCUCUUUUUAAUAUCAAAUGUAAUCCAAUAUAUCCUGUUUUUAUUUUUGCAUAGGCAUAACAACUCGAGGAAAUGCUGUGUAGUGUUUUACUUUGUAAAAGUUGCAGACUUUCCUUCUAAAAAACAACAAACAAACCAGAAGAACAUAUUUUGAAGUAAUUGUACCUGGUGGUGUCUUGGUGUGUGUCAGACUGUUUUAGACAAAUGGGAGCUGACUUAUAGGAGACACCAAUGACACUUAUUGUCAGUUCUAUAGUGCGCUACAUGCAGCCAUGGUAUUACUUGGUAUAUAUAUAUAUUUUUUUUGUAUGAAGACUGGAAUCUUUACCCUCUGUGUGUGUGUUUUGUGUGUGUGUGCGGAGAAGCCACUGGAGCUGUAACACGAGGUGAUGAUGGAGGUCAUCUCCAAACCAUCUUGACAUUGUGUGUAAGAGACUUGACUGUUGCACAAUUAACAUACAGUAUGUUACUCCUAUUUAUUGUCUAGCCUGUCAUCAGGGCCAAUGCGCCUGAAUUGCCCUCAUGUAGUCCUCAUGUUAUUCCAUCGGAAACCUAACAAAUAAAAAUUAUUCAAUCACA